AUGGGCGCCUGCUCCUCAAAAAGCGCCGUCAAGAAAGCGCCGAGCGACGACUCGUCGACGCCUGUGUGCAUAAAUCAAAAUUUCACGGCGCCUUCGUGCUGAAUCGUCGCGUAGACAUCCACGCCAUCGACGUGAAGCCUGCUCGAUAGCGUGCGGUGCCUGUUCUGUUCCUCACGUGCGCUCGACGGAGUCAGCACGACGGCCGCAUGAGCACCCGACUUGAGCACUGAUUGAUUUGCGCACAGGUCGACGGACCGUGAAAGCCUCUUCACCGCGGUGGAAACGGACAACACCCACCAAAUCGCGAAACUCUUGAAGCGCGGCAUCGACGUCGACGCGCGGGAUGAAAAUGAGUACACGGCGCUGCUCCUCGCCGCGGAGACGGGCGCCACGAAAUCCGUCGGGACGCUCCUAAAGGCCGGCGCGGACCGCGACGCGCGCGACAGCUUCGGGCGGAGCGCCGUCUACGCCGCGGCCGUCGGCGGCAAGGACGCGGCCGUCGCGAAACUGCUCGAGGCCGGCGCGUCACCGAGGAACGCGGACCGCGACGGCCGCGGCCCCUUCUGGGCCGCCUGCGCGACGCGCGACACCAAAAUUGCGGCGCGCCUGUUGCAGGCGGGCGCGGACGUCGACGAGCAGGACAACAACGGCGUCACGGCGCUGAGGUACGCCGUCGCCCACGGCAACGCCGACGUCGCGGAGUUCCUGCGCGCGCACGGCGCGGCGGAAGUCGACGGCGGACGGUUGUCCAUGUCUCCUGCUGUGGGCGAGGAGGUCCCCGAGACGUUCACGAACCCGUCGCCGCGGAGCGCCGGCGAGGCGUCGGCCGGCGCCGCCUCGCUGUAG